CGUUAAAGAACUGCGGUUUAGGGCCGAAUUACUUGAAGAUACGCGAAACGGUACUGAUGACAGAACAGCUGUGGAGAGGAACAUCCUAUUCAGACUUAUCCUGCUAGGCUGUAUGCUCGCAAAUAAGUGGCUCGAUGAUCAUACAUUCUCUAAUAAGACAUGGCACUCCAUUUCAAAUGUUCCAAUCCAGUCGCUAAACAAGCUGGAGUCUUUGGCACUCGAUAUUUUCACUCAUGAUCUUUCGGUCACGCCAGUAGCUUGGUCAGAGUGGCUCGCCCAUCUGAUGUCUUACCACCGUUCCGUUGCAUGUCCUCACCCUCAACCCAUAUCUCGGCCUUCUGCCAGCCCUCAUUCUGUGAUACGCAAGGUGAUAGAGGAAAUCGCCGAAGCACCUGCAAGCCUUAAUCACAUCGAUUUGCAACCCGUGUUUCUUGGGCUAGAGCAGCGCAGGAAAGAAAAGUUUGGCUGUGAUAAAGCAUCCAGUGGACAUUCAGUUGACGUAUAUGAAAUUGAUCUUGAUGAAGAUGGGCCGCUUAGGGAAGAAUAUCUACCCAGACGUCGCGCUCAUCGAAACAUGGAUCAACGUAUCGUCCCUGGGCUUCAUUUCGAGCAUACUGAGAAGCGUCUUGAUGGAACCUAUAAUAUGGAUAGAGCUGUACCGCCUCCUGCCAAAUGGAGCCCCGCAGGAGAUGAGCCGAUAAUGCGCGAGAGGAAUCGGGCCAGUGGCCAAUAUGUAGCUGUUCAGCCGUCACUUGCGCCGCAGUAUGCGAUUCCCGUUCCAGCUUCUUAUGAUUGGACAUCCGGUGUAGCUUACGUCCCUGUGAAGCCGCCACCGAUGAUGACAGGCUAUGGGUUUGAUGUUGGCCCUUUCCCCCAUGCGCUUUCUCAAUACGUUCCACCUUACCCUUGCGACGCGUCAGCCGUUCUCGCACAUUCGCGGUCGCAAUCGCAAUGCUGUUAUGAUCAGGACAAUUCCCAGGCUCGUGGCCACGUCCGUUCGCAAUCAUAUUCUCAGUACAACUAUAGAGGCGGUAAUAUGCAUUUGACUACAAACGAGGUUGGCCAACCAUCUCAAGUUGACUCCUGGCCCACUUCAAACCACUAUGGCUACUCGGCAUCGGCUUACAGACAUCUUUUUAGACCUCACCCAAGCGUCAAUCAUCAGUCGAUCUGGUUACGAGCUUGUUGAAGGUUUCUUCCAUAUAUCCCUUUCACCGUGAGCAGCACCGUCUGCACCAAUAGACACCAUGUUUUUAUCCUUUUUCCCCCGUCAACAUACAUAACGGCUCUUUCGCCUUUCGAAGACAUCGCAUCUCCGGGGUGUCAUAAUUUCCACUCUCUUGUUCAUGCCUCUCAAUUUUCGUCGUCUGUGCAUACUGGAUUUUUUCGCCCUCGUCGCGACUCUGUUUAUCUGAUCCCGGUCACCCAACUGUGAAGACAUAUCCAUCCUGUCUUUUGGGGACGCAGCGUCAUUUAUUAUUCUCGAUUUCACCAUUCUCGGUUGCGCAAUUUCCCAUAUUUAUAUAGUUGGAUUGCGAACUUUGUUACUCCUUCAUAGCUCACGCAAGAAGGUUAGGUGUCGAAGUUGAUCAAUAUCCUCGGACAUUACCUGAACCAUACCACGUUCAAGGAUUGAACAUAUACAUCCCCCUGGUUCUUUAUUCUCAUUGUUGAUGUAUUCUUUUUUUUUCCCGUUUUAUCCAGUACCCUGACGUCUGCUACACUAAUACUCUUAUGACUUUUAGUUUUCUGCCUUCAAUUGUUUAAAACACCGUAGUAAAGCUACAAAAAUAUUACAUUUAUCAGCCAUUCUUUUUCGUAGCUCCUCCCC